AUGUAUCUAGAUAUAAGUUAUUUGAGACCCAAGAGUUAGUAAUUCCUUAACAAACACUCAAGUAAUGUAAUAAGAUUUAAAAUCUAGAAUUCUAUAUUAAAUCUGGAACAGAAGGAAUGAUAGUUAGAAACAUUUAUGAAAAGGUUGAUUACGAAGAAUAUGAAAUCAAAUCGAUUGAAGAUUUCAAAUCAAAGAUUCAAGUGUCUCUGCCCAAUUCGUGGAAGACAAGUGACUAUUUGAAAAUGCUAAUAUCGGCAGAUUUUUCUAUUUAAGGGGCGUUAUAAGUACCUCAAAAUAAAUAUUUAGAGAAUUUAUAAAUUCAUCUAGGUUGGUUGAAUCUAUAUUAGAACUUGGAACCAAACAUAAACUAAUUAAAAAGUGGAGACUUUUAUAUUUUUGGAAUAGAUAAGUAAUCGAGACCAGUCAUAAUAAUAAAGCAUCUUGAAAAUGAGAACUUUUUAACCUUUUAAUAUUUACUGGAAACAGUGAAGCGAUAGGUAUUGAUUCCUUACUUUGUUGAAAAUUGGACGAUUAUUUACGAUUGCCAAAAUCAGGAAUACAAUUUUUAUGAAAUUGAUGUAAGACUUAUUUAUAAUUGAAGUUCAAUUUCGAGAAUAUUAAAGAGUUGAUGAUUAAUUUCUGUGGAAAUUUAAAUAAUCUUCUUAUCGUAAAUUCUCUAUUAAAUUUUUAACAAAUUCUCAAUUACAUCCCUAACAAAACCUAAAUCCACUCCAAAAUUAAAUUGAUAAACAAUCUAGAUGACUUGUAAUAAUACAUUUUGAAAGAAUAACUAGAAGAAAAAUAUAAUGGAGAAUGUUCAAAUGUCAACAUCUUUUGGUAUAGUAUUUAGAGAUGAAUCUAGGCCUCCCCAGAUCCCAUAAGUCUCAGAAUUGUUGAAACAUGUUACCUACGAUUGUUACGAAGACUAAUAAUACGGAUUAAGGAGACUAUAAGAUUUUAAGGGGAGAAAUUUAAGAAAAUUUUCAUCACUAGGGAGACUAUCACAUUAACAUUCAAAGACAACAAGUAUGAAGAAAUCAAUAGAAUCUGCAACUUCCAGCAGUCAUCUUAAAAUUUUGGUUCAUGAAGAAAAUGGAAAUUAGUUAAUUUAGGAGGAAAUAGAGGUACUUAAUGCUUAAGGAGAUUCCGAAUUUGAGAACUUGAAAAAAAAUGAUUUAAAUAUGUAUAAAACUGAAUCUGUGGGUCUUUAAUAAUUAGAAGAGAAUAAUAAAUAACGUUAAUACUAAACGAUUCUUGAGAAUGAAAAUGAAAUUGAAUAAAAAUGCUGCUCAGAUAAAUUUAAUUGUAUGAUAUUUUGA